AUGAUUUCCUCACCUGGCGGGAUUCGCCUGUAUGAGAAUCUAAAUCAAAGUCUUUUCUCGUCAAUGGUCAUGCAAAAUGACGCAGUCAACUUGCGUCGCUAUGUUGAAGAUUGUGGCCCACCAAGAUUUGGAGAGACCACGCCAUCAGGAGAUGACUAUUUUCUCACGGCCACCAAGCACGGCAAAAUCGAUGCUCUCCGCGCGCUCGCAGAGAUUUAUGAAUCCGACCCCAACCAAAAUGAGCCACUCCUGUCUCGGAUGGAGCGGGCAAAAUACCGACUUCUGAACGAAGCUUGUGCAAAUGCCCAGUUUGAGACAGCGGAAUAUCUCAUGAACUGCGGCCCGCCAUUGGGUGAACUUUUCGAUGAGCGAGGAUACACCGAUGCACCACUUAUAUCCGCAUUAGCCGCCUUAAAAUUCGUCAGAACUCCCCCAAGAGGACGCAUUGUUACUCAGUCGAAUAUUGAUAUUGAAAAAUUUGUCUACAGCCUACUAGACAGGGGCGCGUCAGUUCGGGGCAUCGACGAACAAUCUCAAUCAACUGGACAACCUACUGUACUUAGUGCAGCGGCACCCUUGGGCAGCCACAACCUGGCAUCUCGUCUUAUUUCCGAAGAAGCUGAUAUUCAUAGCAAAGAGAUAUGGUGGGAGAUGGGCACAGGCAAGACUGAUAACGUCACUGCACUACACUUUGCUAGCGGAUCUUGGAACCUACCUUUUAUUCAAGCGUUGCGUGAACACUGCAGCUCUCGUGAACUUGCUCGAGCAGCCAUGGCUACUGAUAGUCGAGGAAGAGUUCCUCUUCACUGGGCUUUGCUUUGUCUAAGUAACGGACUCAAUAGGCCGUUAUCCGAGCAGACUCUUUCCACGGGGUUAGAGGUUAUCAAUUCCUUACUUGAGCUCAAUCCGAAAGCCAUUAAUACCCAAAGCUCACAUGGCGCGGUCUUUAACUUCCUCGUAAAUGGUCCUCUCUUGGGUGCUGCAACGCUGACCUUCAUGAAAGUUCUCAUGGGCUACAGCCCAAGCAUUGCCACUGUCAACGCACGAGAUCAAUCUGGUGCAACUGCUCUAUUGGAAAUAUUAUCAGCUCACGAGACGUGCAAUGCUGUUCGUGAAAGUUACACUAUUCCAUUAAUCGAACUACUCCUCGCACAUGGAGCCGAUCGGAGUGUAUGCGAUAAUAAAGGCCAGACCGCACUACACAAGCUAGGUGGGAGUCCAUCAUAUGAUGAUCCAAUCAGUCCUGAUUUGCUUGAGAUGUUUAUCCCGUUCGUCGAGCUCAAUAAAGCCGACCACAGUGGCUGGACAGCCCUUCACUGGAUGGCAAGAAACCUGCGGCAAGUCGAGCCGUGUCGUUUACUAGUCAGUCGUGGCGCUGAUGUGAAUGCCGUCGACAACAAAGGUCAUACCCCUGUCCAUCAAGCGGCUAGCGGCAAGCUCCAAAGGAGAGAGAAGGCAGACAAAACUAUUGAAUGGCCCACCCUUGAAGAGAAGAUUCACGCAUGUGACGAGAUGGUCACGGUAUUACUAGAAGCCGGAGCAUCAAUGGAUAAGCGUAAUUUGGAAGGCAAGACGCCCACACAGCUACGAGAAAUCAGCAUUGCAAGAUGGGAAUUGGAAAAAAGACGAGGACGAUAA